UCAUACUCUUUCAAUCUGGUGAAGAUCGAUUACUGGAAAAAUGAAUUCAAAGGAUAAUAACAGCAAUCUUCAAAGAAUGUGGACCAGUAGUUCUUCUUCAUCCAGAAAUGAAUUACACAAAAAUGUUCCUCCCGAUCAUUCCGUUUUCAAUCCAAAAUGGGAACAAGAUCAUUCUCUUCAAUACGAUUUCAAGAAGAUUCAAUCCCAGUUUUCGAUCCAGCAAGAUGGUGAUCCUUCUACCGAUUGGGAUCCAAAAGCUAUGAUUAACAAUCUCUCAUUCCUCCAACAGAAAGUUUAUCAGCUUCAAGAUAUGGUUCAUAUGAUUGUCGAUCGAAGGUCUCAAACAACGUUAGAUCAAUCACAAGAUCUCGUUACUCAACAGCAACAUCUAAUAACCGCCGACAUCACUUCAAUCAUCGUCCAGCUUAUCUCUAUGGCAGGAACUCUUCUCCCAUCUGUCAAACAACAACAACAAACCCAACAAACCCUAGGUGAUUUUCUGAUUGAUUCCCAACCAGAUCAACAGAUCUUCAACAUUGAAGAUCAAGAAGUUAAAGAUGAAGAAGAAGAAGACGAAGAAAGUGAGAAUCUCCUUCCCGGAUCAUACGAAAUCUUACAGUUAGAAAAAGAGGAAAUCCUUGCACCUCACACGCAUUUCUGUACAAUUUGUGGUAAAGGGUUUAAGCGAGAUGCUAAUCUACGUAUGCAUAUGAGAGGACACGGGGACGAGUAUAAAACGGCUGCUGCUCUUGCGAAGCCGCCGCCGAAUAAGGAAACAAUGGGAAAUGAAGCGUCUUUGAUAAAGAGAUACUCGUGUCCUUAUUCUGGUUGUAAACGGAAUAAAGAUCAUAAGAAGUUUCAAUCAUUGAAAACGAUCUUAUGUGUGAAGAAUCAUUACAAGAGGACCCAUUGCGAGAAAAGAUUCAUGUGUAGCAGAUGUAAUACGAAGAAAUUCUCUGUAAUUGCUGACCUGAAAACUCAUGAGAAACAUUGUGGAAGGGAUAAGUGGUUGUGUUCUUGUGGGACUACUUUUUCUAGAAAAGAUAAGCUUUUUGGUCAUAUUACUCUGUUUCAGGGUCAUACUCCUGCAAUUCCUUUGGACGAAAGCUGUAAAGCUUCAACUUCUUCGGCGGCGGUGGCGCCUUCGGUAGCUGCCGGAGCAGGGGCAUCAUCGUCGUCGGGUGUUGAUCAUAGUACUACAUCUGGAUUCUUCUCGUCAAUGGCGGCGUUAGAUGAGUGUAAUGGGUUCAAUGAAUUUGGGCGACCGGUCUUUGAUGAUGAUUCGGAGAAUACAUUUUCAUUUCUACUUUGUAAUAAUAAUAGUUAUCAUCAUCCUCCUCAGACGAAUGGAGAUGGAGGACCUUACAAUUCAAAUGAUCUUUGAAGAUUGAAACUAUGAAUGAUCAAACUAAAUUUAUGUAACUUUCUUGAAUUUAAUAAUUUGAAAUAAUUCCUCCUUUGUUU